UUUCUCUCUACUGCUGCCAGCGAUGGCGUCUGCUGACCUGAGACAGGAGCUGGACUGUUCUAUCUGCCUGAGCAUUUAUACAGAUCCUGUAACCCUGAGAUGUGGCCACAACUUCUGCCGGGUCUGUAUUGAUCGUGUGCUGGAUACACAGGAGGGGGCUGGAGCUUAUAUCUGUCCUGAAUGCAGAGCAGUGUGUCAGGAGCGUCCUGCACUGCAGAGGAACAUAACGCUGUGUAACAUAGUGGGGAGUUUCCUGUCUACUCGGACAGAUCAGGAGGAGACUGGGAUCUUCUGCACUUACUGUGUGGACUCUCCUGUACCUGCUGCUAAAUCCUGUCUGCUGUGUGAGGCUUCUCUGUGUGAUAAACACCUGAGAGUACACAGCAAGUCAGCAGAACACGUCUUAUGUGAUCCCACCACUGCCCUAGGGAACAGGAAAUGCUCUGUACAUAAGAAAAUCCUGGAGUAUUACUGCACUGAGGAUGCAGCCUGUAUCUGUGUGUACUGCAGGCUGGAUGGAGAACACCAGGGACACCAUGUGGAGAUGCUGAACGAGGCAUCUGAGAAGAAGAAGGAGAAGCUGAGAAAUGUUCUGCAGAAACUGACCACAAGGAGAGAGGAGACUGAGAAAAGAGUCCAGAGUCUGCAGGAACGCAGGAGAGAAGAUCAGGGAAAAGCAGCUGGUGUAAUAGAGACAGUCACUGCCCUGUUUAGAGACAUCAGGAGACAGCUGGAAGACCUGGAGAAGAGAGUCCUGAGUGAGAUCUCCAGGCAGGAACAGUGCAUUUCACUCUCAGGGGGAAAUUUACUAAGAUUCGUAUUUUCCCUCUCUGAUCUGAUCCAGCAGCUGGAAAUAAAGAAGGACGAGCUGUCCGGGAAGAUGCGUCACAUUGAGGAGCUGUGUAACAUGUCUGAUCCAGUGACUGUCUUACAGGAACCAGACACAGGGGACUUGUGUGAUACUGAGGACACAGAGACACAUGAUAACCAGGUCCAUGGUGCAGGCGAUCUGGAUGUGGGUCUCAUCUCAGGGACAUUACACACAUUAUCUGAUAUAAUAACAGGUUUAAAUACAGGGAUCUAUGUACAGGAGGCUACAGACCUAUUACUGGAUGUAACCACAGCUGGUAAUACUAUACAGAUAUCAGGUGACAGGAAAACUCUAACAUUGUCACAUAUAAAGCAGAAGCGCCCACUAACACCAGAGGGAUUUCAGGGUCCUCAGGUAAUAAGCACCAGGGGAUUCUCCUCAGGGCGACAUUACUGGGAGGUGGAUGUCAGUAAGUCAGUGUGGUGGGGGGUGGGGAUGUGUUAUCCCAGUAUAGACAGAAGAGGACUUAAGUUAUACAUUGGAUAUAAUAACAAGUCCUGGUGUGUGUGUAGGAAGAUGUAUAAUCAGUACUCAGUGAUGCAUGACAGUACAGUAUUCCGGUUACCUGACAAUAUCCGCUGUGACAGAGUGAGGGUGUAUCUGGAUUAUGAGGCAGGACAGAUGUCCUUUUAUUCUCUGUGUGACCCCAUCAGACACUUACACACCUACACUGCCGCCCUCACUGAGCCCCUCCAUGCUGCAUUAUGGGUAGGGAUCGGGUGUAUAACUAUUUCUGGGGGAGUCAGGAGCUGGGAGAUAUUACCAUAAGAAAUCUGCCCAGAGACUGGUGACAUCACAGGGAGGGGAAUCUAAUUGGGGGAACAUUCAGCCAAUAGAAUGAAGCAGUAGGUGGAGCUGACCCUGAUAGAGUGCUGGGAGAGAGACUAGUGGCUUAGGGCUCCGGCAGGUGUUACUGCAGCCUGCUGCUCUGAGUACUAUAGUGUGUGCCCCAUGUCGCCCGCUGUGUAGUUUUUGUUCUCAGAUUUCUCAUGAUCUCUUAUUAUAACACUCUGUUACAUUUUUGUAUUUCUGAUAUAAUAAACUACAAAAAAAUUGCAA